CCCCCACCCCCCCAUAAAUUAACCACGCCCUCCUCCUCCCCAAAACUCUCGCCAGAAUCCCGCCCAGAUCGCCGGCACCGCGAUGAUGGCCUCCACCCCGGCCCCGACCCCCCUCCCCAUCUCUAAUUCCCAGUCCGGCGCCGCCGCCGCCCCCUCCUCCGGCGCUUCCGGCACUGGCGCCGCCCCGAUCGCCACGCCGGCUUUCCGCCUCUUUCUGUCCCGCCUCUCCGACUCCGUCAGCAGAUCCCUCUCCAACCGCCGCCCCUGGUCGGAGCUCGUCGACCGCUCCGCCUUCUCCCGCCCGGACUCUCUCUCCGACGCCUCCUUGCGCGUCCGCAAGAACUUCGCCUACUUCCGCGUCAACUACAUCGCCCUCCUCGCCGCCGUCCUCGCCCUCUCCCUUCUCUCCCAUCCCUUCUCCCUCCUCGUCCUCUUCGGCCUCCUCGCCGCCUGGUGCUUCCUCUACCUGUUCCGCCCCGCCGAUCCGCCUCUCGUCCUCUUCGGCCGCACCUUCUCCGACCGCGAGACCCUUGGCGCUCUCGUCCUCCUCUCCGUCUUCGUCAUCUUCCUCACCUCCGUCGGAUCCCUCCUCAUCUCCGCCCUCAUGGUCGGCGUCGCCAUCGUCUGCGCCCACGGCGCCUUCCGCGUGCCCGAGGACCUCUUUCUCGACGACCAGGAGCCCGGCGGCGCCGCUGCGGGGCUCCUCUCCUUCCUCGGAGGGACCGCUUCGUCCGCCACCGCCGCCGCCGGCCCCGCCGUCGCCGCCGUCGCCGCGCGCGUCUGAUGGUGAUGCCGAUCUGGUGGUGAGGCCAUGAGAUUUCUUUUGUCUUCGUUACCUUUCUUUCUUUGUAGGGGGAGAAAAAAAAAUCAUUGAUCUAAGCUUUGUUCGAAUGUGGUUCUUUCAGUACUAUAUAUGCACACAAAUCGUAAUAUAAAAUUCUGGAUUCUUGUAAGUUUUUAGUUGAUGAGUGCGUACGAUAUCUGUCUGUUGAAAGAAUAAAUCUGAUAUGUUCUUGAAUUCAUACUGUCUUUUUUCU